CGGAAGCACGAACUACGCACCUGUGGUGUCCACCACUACUGCCGAUCACGCCUGGCCCAGAACGGGCCACGCUAACAUCGAGAAACUAUGCUCCCCUACGAAAGACACCGCGAGCUGUACUGACGACGCCUGGCGUUGCCAGCGGAACGCGCAGCUCAGGUCGAUAGCCGACCAGACGUACAACCUCGACGGUGUCUAUUCCAGCAGUAGCCCUAGCCACCUGCACCUGGGGCCCACAAGCAGCAUCGAUCACAAAAAGCCCAGCACAAGCCGCGCUGGAAUGGUGGAGGCAUCUGCAAGUUUACAAUACGGAGCUAGAAAUCCUCAGACCACGCGGGUUCACCAAAGCAACACGCAGUACUACCCGACUGCAGGCACAUCCACCAUCCAGGGGUAUACACACAACAGAGAAACCGUAAGCACCAGUUUCACACUUCCAGUCUACAGCAGCAGCGGCGGUGGCAAAUACGCAGUGGCCAGUACAAGCCACGCGGGCACGGAGGAAGCAUCGGGCAUUCUGGGAAAUGAUGCUAGAAUUCCUGACGCCACCGGCGCUGAGCCAUGGAGUAUGCAGUACUACGCGGCUUGUGGCACAACUACAGUCUCCGAUGCCACUGACAGCGGAAGCACCAAUUACGCACCUGCAGUAACCACCGACAGGACCGAUCACGCAAGGCCCAGUACGAGUCGUCCUGGCAUCGAGAAAAUAUCGUCCACUACGAAAGACAUCGCGAGCAGUUCUGACGCAUUCUGGCGUUACCAGUCAAACACGGAGCGCAAGCCGAUAACCGACCAGAUUUACAACCUCGACGGUGUAUAUUCCAGCGGUAGCCCUAGUCAGCAGCACCUGGGGCCCACAAGCAGCAUCAAUCCCACAAAGCCUAGCACAAGCCGCACUGGAAUGUUGGAAGCAUCAGAAAGUUUACUAUAUGGAGCCAGAAAUCCUCAGAGCACUCGGGUUCACCAGCGCAACACGCAGUACCACCCGGCAGAAGGCACAUCCACCGUCUACGGUUUUGCGAGGCCGCCUUGCGUUACCAGAGGAACACGCAGCACACGCCGAUGGCCGACGAGACUUGCAACGUCGACGGUGCCACUGACAAUGACAGCACAAGUUGCCAGCUGCUGGGGUCCGUCAGGAGCAUCGAUAACGUAAGGUCCAGCAUAAGCCGCGCUGGCAAGGAGAAAGCAGCCGCCAGUUUUAAGGACGGCACCACGAAUGCUCCUGGAACCGGAGGAAGGGAACAACGAGAGUUGUGUGGUGUCUGUGGCAAUGUUUCCAGCAGACCGAAUGCCUUACACGGAC